CGGGCGUCGCGACGAAGGGCGUCGUUUCCAUGUCGCUUAGAGGACCGGGUCUCGGACCUCGCGAGAUCGGGAUUAGCAUCGACCUGCAAGGUUACUCGCAGUUUCGGGGCCGAAGGUCGCGGCUCUGGCGGCUGACACGGUGCGUAUCGGCCGCUGACAAUACCUGGCUCGUCAUCGGCCCUUCGGGGUUUAUCUCUCUACCUGGGUCGGUCAUUGCUAACUGUACUUUUAAUGACCCUCCCCUUCCGGCGGACUCGGCGCUCCUCCUGGACGAACGGUACGAGCUGUUCAGUGUCUUCUAGGUACUCUGGGGUGUACGUCGGUCCUAGAGCUUCGCUUGGAGUACCGACGUCUUCCUUGCGCUUUGGAGUACGGAGGUGCGACUGAGGAUUGUUUUGUUCUCGUACUCAGCGAUGGAAAGGUUUCGGUGUUGGCAGUGGUCUGGAGUACCAUCGAGCAAGUGUCAAAAUGGGAAGGAGACUAUACUUUGUAUCCUUCACUAAGGCCUGCCACUCUCGCUACGACAACUCAUCUGCCAUCCAAGUUAACGAACCCGACGACUCCUAAUCGACGGAACCAAUUCACUAGCAAUACUGCCCGCAACUGGGAAUCAAUAAGACGCAGUAACCGAAUCGAAAAGAACUCAAACUAAGGAAACGGAAACUUUGGAAGGUAUUCAGAGGCGUUGGAGUACCCAGCAAGAGGUUGCGACGGUGAAGGGAGGACAAUAAUACUUAUUCAUAAAUAAGCAAAGAGAAGAUGAUCACCCCGGAGGCAGAAGAGUCAGCGAGAGUUCGUGGGUCCAGGAAGAGGUUAGCUGCGAGGGAAUGAGGAACCCGGCACUGCGUCUGGUCGGGAUAGCGGCGUCACCUGGGGGAGGUGGAGCGUUUGGCACACGGGCCGAGGAGGAGUUGCGCCAGUGGCUGGAAGAACGCCUGGACGCAUUGGGGAUCGACCCAGUUGCGUACUCGCGGUUUGUACUCAGCCUACUGCGCCACCCCGACUCGGCCCCCAGCCCUCCGGGUAAGCCAGUGGCUGCCGGCAGGGGUGGACGUCACGCUCGCCCUGGACCCAGACAGAAGCUGCCCGAUCAGGGCCAAAGGGAGCAGCGGCGCACCGUUGUGCAAUGCCUAACCAGUGCCGCUGACGAGACGUGCGGGAUCGAGCCCCUGGUGGACGAGCUAUGUGCGAAGCUGAGGGAGCUCGAGGGCGGAGGCUCGACUGACGACAGGGAAGAAUGCAAAACGACGGAGACCGAGCCGAAGCCAACCCUGGAAUCCCUCACGCCUCGCGACAGAGCCCUCAGAUACUACGCGGCAUUCCCGGCCUUGCAACCUGCCACCCCCAAGAAGUUUUCCCAGAGGAAGGACCGGAACCCGGGGAACAACGCUAACAAUAGGAACCACGCUAACAACAUCAACAACAACAAGAACCACAGCAACAAGAUCCGCCACAAGAAAACUAAGAUGUCUAUUCAGGCCAUAGACUCACACCAGCCGGAGGAUAAGGAAAGCUACGGCUUCGCCAAGUCGAUGGAGCGCGAGCGGGAGAAGGAGCGAGAGAUGGAGCUGGACCGGCUGCGCCUGGCGCAGCUCCAGGCGAAGUUCGACGAGAGCCUGGAGGCGCUCUGGGACACCGGGACCGGGAGCACCCUGGACACGGCGUCCAUAUGGGCGGCCCCGUCUCUCUCGAUACCCUCGGGCCCGCUCUGGCCGUCCGACGCCGUCGACGCGGCCUCUUUCUCCCUGCCGGCCUCCGAGGGUGGCGGUGGACGUCCGCCCGAGACGCCUUACCAGGAGUCGAUCGUCGACGACUCUCCGCUCAUCCCCUGGGACAUCGACCUGAUCGGCAUCGAGGACUUCGCCGAAGGGCCCGGGCCCAAGGACAAGACAGACUACAACGUGAGCUGGUCCGAGGCGAUCGUGGAGGGUCCAUGGUGUUGGCGCGACCUGGGCAGCAACCUGGCUAGCCUAGGGCAGAGUCCACGUGGCGGAGGUGGUUGCCUCUACCCCGCGGGUCCACGAGGAGGAGGCGCGAGUCCCGUGGGGGGCGGCCCCGGGAAGAAGGAGGCCAGGCCUGGCCUUAAGGCGGCCAUCCUGCCGGAGCCUGACGAGGACCUCCUCACGUCCGACCGGACCCACUUCCGGCCGAUCAAGGACGACGGCCACUGGGCCGACGGGACGACCUUCCCCGUGGACAACGCCCUGGAGAGGGUCGCCUAUCGCAGAUCCGAGUCCGGCAACCUCUUCUACCUCCCGGGCGGGGAGAGUCCUUACAUGGAGUAUCGGGGGAACGGGUCCGAGUCGCCCAGGGCCUCUGGAGGGCCCUCGGCUAACCUCACUCUCAAAUUCAGGGUGCGUCAGUGCGACAAGUGCGUCCAAACCGAGCCCGUUCGUUCCCCGGUCAAACGCAGAAUUCUAUCCGAACAGGACCGGAUAUGCUACCGGUCGGCAGGGCUCGAGGCUCGCCACGUGGAGGCCCCCAAGAAGGACUCCUUCGACCCGGCUCGACCCGGAUGGAACGGCCACGCCUUGACCUCGCGCAACGACAGGAAGAGAAGACACAGCAGCAGCGUGAAGUGCCGGCCUAUCACCGCCCUACGACCCUUGACCCUGUAAUCUCGACCUAGGCGACGUCGGAGCGCUGCAGGGAAAGAAAAAUGAAAUAUAGAAAAUGGCGGCCCAGGAGGGUCGCGUUUUAUCCACACCGUAUGAUUUCGUUGUUUCCUUCGACGAGAGAGAGGGAGAGGAUGAGAAAGUGGAGUUGGAAGAAUCCCGCGACCAAAAAAAAAAGAAGAAGAAGAAAGGGGGGAAAAGUGGAAGACGGAAGAUCAAGGACGAAGAGGAGUCGAACGGACGCCGGCGAGGAUGCUGAAGUGGGGAAGAAAAAGAAGAAAAAUAUGAAGAAAUUGCGAAAACGCGGAUAUGCGUGGCGGGGGGGCCCCCUUGGCAUGUGGAAUUUGUUAUGCAUGAACCCAAGGAGGCGCUGCUGGCCCCCUUCGUCACUUUUAGCGAGCAGGAGGCAAAUUCGAGGACGUGUCGAAGGGCCGGAAGAAGCAAUAGGGUUGAAGACUCGGAAGGCCGGACGAAAAAAAGAAACAAAAAAAUGAUAAAAAUAUUAUAAAUCAACGGGAGGGAGGGAGAGACGAAUUGUUAACCCUAGAGGAGAGAAGGAUGAGGAAGGAAGGUGAACAUUGAACGGAGAAAAUGUUAGAAAAUUGUACAAAAAUACGUUCACCACCGGACGAGGCAGAGAAGACGGAACGCAAGGUCUCCCCGAAGAGGUAGAGGGGAGAGCGAAGUAGCACGAGUGAACCUCGUUUUUUUUCCCCAGUUUUUUUUUCUUUUUUUUUUCUAUUACUAUUGUCGGUUAAUUUUAUGUAACUUGUUGAUUCCUUUUUUUUUUCUCUCUUUUAUGAGGAAACGGGAGGAAAUUGUACCCCCCCAGUGUCGUGCGGCGUUCAGGGCGCACCUUUUGCCCCUCAAGGUUUUAUCCCCACCCCUGUUUAUUUCCCCUGUGGCGCUGGGGCUCCGCCAAUCCACGCACUCCGUUAGGCGCGCGGUAUAACGGAAUGUAUGUGAGGGAAGGCUUGCGCGUGUUGUAUUUCCCAUGGGUCGGUGCAGCUCCGCCAAUCCACGCGCUCCGUUAGGCGCGCGGCCCAACGGAAUGUAUGUAAGGGUUGUGGCCGCGCGGUUUUAACUCCAUUUCGUUUAUUCCCAUGGGUCGGUGGAGCUCCGCCAAUCCUCGCGCUCCGUUAGGCGCGCGGUAUAACGGAAUGUAUGUGAGGGAAGGCUUGCGCGUGUUGUAUUUCCCCUGUGCCGGUGGAGCUCCGCCAAUCCACGCGCUCCGUUAGGCGCGCGGCCCAACGGAAUGUAUCUAAGGGUUGUCACCGCGCGGUUUUAACUCCAUUUCGUUUAUUCCCAUGGGUCGGUGGAGCUCCGCCAAUCCACGUGCUCCGUUAGGCGCACGGUAUAACGGAAUGUAUGUGAGGGAAGGCUUGCACGUGUUGUAUUUCUCCUGUGUCGGUGGAGCUCCGCCAAUCCUCGCGCUCCGUUAGGCGCGCGGCCCAACGGAAUGUAUGUAAGGGUUGUAGCCGCGCGGUUUUAACUCCAUUUCGUUUAUUCCCAUGGGUCGGUGGAGCGAUCCAACGGAAUGUACCCUAGGGAUGGCCCGCGCAAAUGGAGACCCCCGAGGACCCUCGAUUAAUCCAGCUCACCGAGAGCGGAAUCUUGCGAAUGUGGUGACCGGAUUAUUGAGAAAGGAAUGCCGAGGGAGGAUGAUCGGUUGGGGGUUUUUUAUCGGUAUGCUUUAUUUUUACCGGCGGAUUUGGCGAUCGGUGGAUGGGAAUUGAGGAUGUCGGAGAAUGAUCACAGUGGAAUGUGGAAAUAUCGAGAGGGUGCUGGUGUCAUGUGGUCGGCACGAGAAUUGGGCAUUGAAGUCUGGAGUUUCUGUAAUUUGAGGAAUGGAUAUCAAUUUCGGAAUUAAUGGCGUGUGAAUAAAAUUCGAGGUGGUGGAUUAAUGAGUAAACAAGAGCUGAGCGUCUUGUGAUCGCGGAAUUGUCAAUGUCAAUGCAGAGACCACGUGUUGUAACAUCAAUUCGAGGACCACUUGAUGGAACGUCAAAUUUGAAGACCACGUGGUUGAAACGUCAAAUCGAUGUCCACGUGGUCGAAACGUCAAAUUCGAAGACCACGUGGUUGAAACGUCAAAUUCGAAGACCACGUGGUUGAAACGUCAAAUUCGAUGACCACGUGGUCGAAACGUCAAAUUCGAUGACCACGUGGUCGAAACGUCAAAUCGAAGACCACGUGGUCGAAACGUCAAAUCUAAGACCACGUGGUCGGGCCACCCUCUUCCCUGUCGGCCGCGCCGCCGGCCCCUCGGCGAAUAAUUAACAAGAAUUAAUUUUAAUCUCGUAAUCCUCUAAUUAUAAUUUAACACCUCGUAAGAGGGACGACUACGACGACGACUAAGGAGAGUCCCGCCCGUGUCCCCUGUCCCACGUGUCCCUUUCCGCCUGCCCGGAAGUCGGGAGGCGGAAGUCGUUAACCGUUGACCGUUAACGUCGAAUGCGUUAUCGAGACGAGGAAAGCGUACAUUUAUCAGAAGGUGUAUUUUCGAGGAAAACGUGCGUGCCCCUCGGGAGGAGCCCUCGAGGAGGGGGUCGGACCUGGACCCCCUGCGGAGGCUGCCAUCCCCUGCGAGAUAACGCGAGAUAUCGCAAGAUAUCGCGAGAUCGAUUAGACUUGCGCGGAUGUUUAUUUGUCGAAACUGGCGCGAAAGGAGCUGGAAGUAUAUUACUCUCCGAGUGAAAAGGAUGUACGCAGUGGGAGUAACCCAAUAAAGGCAUUGCAAACAA